CUAUCAGACCAUGUAUCUCUGGAUUCGAUCAUGAAUACAGACGAGUCGAGCGCAUCGAGUCUGUGUGCUAGGCUAUAUCACGUCAUUCUGGAGGCCUUCAGAAAUGCCAUCUCGUGCGCCCAAAAAAAACCACAACUGCUCUCAAAACUUACAAGUUCCGGCCAGAGGUUCAAGCUUUGGGCCGCCGGCUUGCGCAUCGAAAAUGGCGAUCUGGAUGCGCAGCUGGAUGAAGAUGCGGAUAUGAAGGACAGCGUUCUGCUUUUGCUGGGGUUGAUUCUCUACGAUCUCUUCAAGACAUACCAAUAUAUUCGACCGAAAAACCCGGCUCCACACUCUGGCAGCGCUAUUGACGUACAUGGCUCCUCCGACUCACUGACUGCCCGAAGCCUCCAAGACUUUGCCAUCUUGAACGAACCUGUGCUGGAGAAUAGUGAGAAGUCGUUCAAUUUGUCUCGGGCGCUAGAUUCAGAUGACGCUAUUACAACUGCGCUUGAUUCUGGGUCAGCAGAUGAGUCCCACACCGAAGAUCAUGCACAAUGGAUUGCGUUGCUUACCUAUCUCUGCCCUAAUCUUCAGGGUUUCGUCACAGACGCUGAUCUCGAGGAGACGAACAGCUCUGAACCUCUCGAUACUGAUUCCGAAGAGUUGGUCAACGAGCUACUCGACGACAUUGCCGACACAGUCCAACAGCUGUAUGAUCUUGGGCCGUCUCUGGCGUGGGAAGUGAUGACACGUCCCAAGCCAGAAAAUGAGUCUGAAACCGAAAGGCCGAAACCAAUGAAUGUGGAAAAGGGUAGCAUGGAAGAAGAGGGCGUUAUCCACUAUCUCCACAUGACCCAGGACAAGUUCUCGCACAUAUCCAAUCGGCUUGCACGGCGGUUGGCAGAAGCUAACUGGGUACGGUUCCAGCGGCUGGAGGCUGCUAGAAAGGCAGCAGAAGCGGAGCGGAUUCGAUUGGUAGACCGCAAAAUCCGCGAUGAAUCGCAUGCCGACUCUGGAUACUACACGGGCUCCAAGUCUGGCACACAGCAUGGUCAAGAUGAUACUGCGCAAUUUCAAACCGAAUUCAACAAUUUAGAGACGGUUGGGACAGAAUACGGCUCUGUAUAUACGUCGAUGCAUCGUUUUAGUGCGCAAGACCGGCUCCGUUUCCCCGCCCCUCCGAUACAACAAUCUGAAUUCGACCACAAGAAAGUGGAAUGUACAGUAUGUGGUUCCGCUGUAGGACCUUUCCGCAAUAAGCAAGAAUGGAGAAUUCAUGUCGUGCGUGACUUAGCGCCUUACGUAUGUCCCGUGCUCAACUGUGAAUCCGAGCAAAUCAUAUUCGACAGCCAACACUCCUUCGUCACCCAUAUAAAGCGUUACCACAACCCUUCCACAUCAUGGAGAUGUCGCUUCCCCCAGUGCGACGACAUGCUGUUCAGCGAAUCACACCUAUUCCAAACUCACAUCCAGUCGGUGCACAGCAUAUCCGAGGGAGAGGAUACAGAGCACUUGUGCGACACCUGGUUGGAAAACAUAGGAAACCUCCCAAGGGCUAUAUCGUGCCCGAUUUGUAAUGACGCGUUGAACGUAAGUUUGAUGCAAUACAUCAAGCACCUCGGCCGCCACAUGAUUGAAGUCGCCCUCCUGUCGAUUCCAAACCAUACCUUGGAUGAAGACGCCUCGUCCGAAGAAAGUACCGCAUCGGAAUCGAAUUAUGAUCCUCUCGCGCUCGAAAAUGCAAGUACAGGAGAAGUGAAUCCGGCCUCGUCCGCCAAGUCGCCAGUACCAGCGCACGACGAAUCGACAUUGCGUGACAAACCCAACAUAGAGCGGUUGAUCCACUCCACUCCACCCCCCACAAAACAACAACAGAAAAAAAAGAGGGUAGUAGGUUUCCAGACCGACCCCGUGACGUCCGUUACUCGUCCGGUAAGCUCACAAGAAUCGUGGACUAUCUACGAUUUCGAGGUCCACGCUCAAAAGUGCGCCUACUGCCGCGACCCUUACGAGGUUCACCGCAAUCAUGAACAGCUUUGCGAAACAGGCCACAGACUUGCGCAAGAGGUUUGCGCCGUUCUUUACAACCGCACAGAUGGCAAUACAUAUAGCACCACCGAGACAGAGAAUAAGCUCGUUUGCGUGGAAAUUCCGGCGGACUAUGUCCAGACACGGGGACUGUUGAAGGCAGUGGAACGGAGCCUCCGCCAUAGAAGUAGGCAGCCUUUUGUGAGCAUGGAUAGAGGGUACUACGUUGCGAGUCGUGCAGGCGAGAAGGAUCGUCCGAGCAGGAGUGUGAAGGUGGAGACGUCGUCUAAAAAGAAGCGACCGCCAUCGGGCGAGAUUGUGGAAUGGCCAGAGCUAGACACUCCAUCGAGCAAAAAGGCUGGGAAGAUGCAUGUGGGCUCGUCGAAGCGGGGAUCGCUGUACGAACAGGAUCAGGCAUCAGGACGAGAAGGUAAGAAGUACAACGUCGAGAUUCGUGAGCCGAGCAGGAGGGACCUCCGAGAGCAUAGGGCUUCUGGUUAUUAUAGAUGA